GUCUGCAUAUGACAAUGUGACGAAAACGAAAGUAGCUAUUAAAAAAAUUUCUCCCUUUGAACAUCAAACUUAUAGCCAAAGGACAUUAAGGGAAAUAAAGAUUCUUACGAGGUUCAAACAUGAAAAUAUAAUAGAUAUAAGGGACAUACUAAGAGCACCAACCAUAGAUCAAAUGAAGGAUGUCUACAUAGUUCAAUGCUUAAUGGAAACAGAUCUUUAUAAAUUACUCAGAUCCCAGGCGAUCAGUAAUGAUCACGUAUGUUAUUUCCUUUAUCAAAUUCUCCGAGGGUUGAAGUACAUCCAUUCGGCGAACGUGCUGCAUAGAGACCUGAAACCAAGCAAUUUGCUUUUAAACACCACGUGUGACCUUAAGAUUUGCGAUUUUGGUUUAGCCAGAGUUGCAGAUCCGGAACACAAUCAUGCUGGUUUCCUCACAGAGUACGUCGCCACGCGAUGGUACAGAGCGCCAGAAAUUAUGCUCAAUUCUAAGGGUUACACGAAGUCAAUUGACAUUUGGUCGGUGGGUUGUAUUUUGGCGGAGAUGCUGUCGCGGAGAGCAAUCUUUCCAGGCAAACAUUAUUUAGAUCAACUUAAUCAUAUUCUUGGUAUUCUUGGAUCACCCUCACCAGAGGAUUUCCAAUGUAUAAUUAAUGAAAAGGCUCGAAGUUACCUGCAGUCAUUGCCCUACAAACCGAAGGUCCCCUGGACAAGUCUAUUUCCUGACACGGAUCCAAAAGCGUUAGACCUCCUGGAUAAAAUGCUAACGUUCAAUCCGCAUAAGCGUAUUGUCGUGGAAGAUGCUCUAGCGCAUCCUUAUUUAGCAGAAUAUUACGAUCCGGCCGAUGAACCCGUUGCGGAAGAACCUUUUAAGUUUGACAUGGAGCUGGAUGAUCUUCCAAAGGAGACCUUGAAACAGUAUAUCUUUGACGAGACUAUACUUUUUCAGAAGAAUCAUGAAGAGAAUGCUAUGUAGUCUACUGGUACUUACAUGCAAUACUUUAACGGUGGUAUGGAAGAAUCAAUUGAUCCACCAAGAAUUGUCUGGCUACAUGGACAUCAAAGCAGGAGAAGAAGCGAAGGGAUUAUCGGUCGGCACGGACAGACUUCCCAAAGGUACCUGGUACGAAUAAAAGAAAGAAGACGCAUAUUGGUCGCGUAGAAGGUUAGUUGGGCAGUUGGCUGCGAUCAACGUCAAGUGGAUCGUGGCCCAACUAGGUGACACCCGACUUGACUGGCGCGACUCACGCACUUGUACAUUCGCAUGACUACAACCGAAAUACAAUGAUUCUCUUCUCGUCACGUAAGCGCAUAAUAACUGAAUUUGUACGAUAUGAUUUCUAUUUAUCCCGGAACUAGUUGGGUCUACACUAAGUUAUGUCGAUUUAUCAUUAUCAUAAUCGCCGUCGUAAUACCGUCUGUGAUUUAUUUCCCGAGUUAACGGCACGAUCGCAAGUCUCGCGAUCCGUGUCAGUCGAGGGAUUUCUGGACAGUGGUCGGAGAACUGGCCCUGGAAUCGUCGAGUGCGUCAUUAAGCUCUAACCGAUCAACGACGUACUUGAGGCUUGAGUUUCACCGAUCGGUCGGCCCUCGAGCACUCGGUUCUUUCAAGUCAACCCCAUUUUCAAAGCCGAAGCCGUUGAAACUAAAGGUGUCUUUUAACGACAGCAAGAUAUUGUUACUACAAAUCUGUCAAAGCGUAACUGCUAAAAGUAUAGAAAGCCCCGAAGGAUCUACCUACUGUGCCGUUUUCAACUUAUUGUCGGACCUCUCUGUGUACAGUGAGGCAAAGCGUACUAUCUCCUUGUACGGAACUUGAAAAUGAGGUGUUAACGGAGCGAAAACCUCGAUUUUAAUCUCGCUCACGGAAAUUGGGACUUACAAAAUGAUAUCUCAAUUACCUGCACGAUAGAGAAGUAACAGGUGAACAAU